CAAACUCAAUCGAACAAAGCUUUCUUUCCUAAAAUAAAAGAUGUAGAAAAAAUGUAAGCCGUAGAUUCUGUAUCGUGUUGCCCUCGAUUCCCCAAAGAAUCGUCUGAAAGCCCAGAAAAAGAAUUUGGCGGAGCCCGCCUCACAAAACCCCCCUCAGACUCAGAUUUAUCAACUUGAGUUAUUGAUUCUAUGAAUUUUACGCAUAUGCACUAGCCGACUCAAAGCCGAUUUCCUUAAUGUUCACUCACCACGCAACCUCCAAAGCUUCAGUUCUGAAACAGAUAAUCACCUGCAGUUGGGUAUUUUCCUCGAGAGAACUGCUGGUCACAUGCUUCCUUGUGGACUACGAAACGUCUGUGUUUGUGUAGAUAUGGUUUUGGGCCUUGCUGCUUAUCCCACAUGACAGGAGAAGCAACAUCGAUAUCCUGUCCCAACUCCAAGCCUCCCCCUCUUCUAUCAACAAGCAGUUACAUUUCACCCCCUGCUUCACAAGAUAAUACACCAACCUCAAGUGUCCAGCUCUCUCCGACUGUUAACCUUACUCGAGAAUACUACCUUGCAGUUCAAACUAGUUCUUAUAGUGAGAUCCGGAGGAAAUUCUACCAUGACAGUGGUUCUCUCGACCAAAACGUUGGCCGUAUGGAUGUCUUUGAUGAACCUCAGCUGUUGGAACACAUUCUUCGACCAAGCCAUGAGUGUCUCCAGGAGGCACUUUCGCGUAUUAAGCCUAACUCUCUUACUCAUCUUGCUGCAACUUACUUUGAUCAUAGUGAGCAUAGUUCCCGUCUAUACCUUCUCCUCUACCAGAGGAUCUGCAAUGCUCGGCUCCUCUACACCCCUAUGCAUAACCUUCUCGAUGACCUUCCCGUAGAGAUCCAUUCUGACUACUAUUCCCUUUCUCCUUCCCAAUGUGAUUUGGCAUUUAAUGUAUUUCUCCAAUUUGACUGUGUUGAGAAUCCCUUCUUAUCCCCCGACUCCCACAGCUUCCAUAAUACGCGUCAGCGCCUGACCCAGCUCAGAGAACAGCUGGACCACCAUCUCAAGAAAUCACAAUCGAGGCUCCAUCUAAUACGUCACUGCUCAAGAGGACCUGCUUUUUGUUUGAUUGCUGCCGCUGUAGGUGUGGUUAUGUCAGCCGUGGCUAUAGCUACUCAUGCCCUCGUUGCCCUUGUUGCGUGCCCCAUAUGCCCUGCCAUUCUCCCUUCAAGCAUGUCUAAGAAAGAGCAGAUCCAUCUAGCUCAGCUGGAUGCUGCUGCGAAGGGUGCUUAUGUCCUCCGGAAUGAUCUAGACACCAUUGACCGCCUGGUGUCCCGUCUGCGUGCAGCAGUGGAAAACGACAGGCUUCUUAUUCAUCUCGGGCUAGAGAGAGGCAGAGACAAGUAUGGCAUUCAAGAGAUACUAAAGCAGCUCCAAAGAAACCGCCCUAGUUUUGUGCAACAGCUCGUGGAUCUUGAGGAGCAUUUGUUCCUGUGUUUUGCUGCAAUCAAUCGGGCCCGAUUACUUCUGCUCCAAGAGAUUCAUAUGCACCAAAACCCUGUCUGAUCACGGCCAAAUGACUGACCCCGUCUCAGCUCUUUAGCGAGACAAGAGAAAGAAGUUGGCAUGAAGAAUCUGCUCCGGGCGCCUUAUCUUCUAAAACGAAUCAUCUACAUAUUUCUCUACCUAGUGAUACCGCAUCUGACUAAUCGACUAUGCUGACUAGCGUUCUACUAUUGAGGUUUUGACUCUUUUCCCUCAAUCUGCAUUCUUUUAGGAAUGAUUAGGUGAGUGAUUGAACAGAAUUAUGUGUAAUGAUUGUGAGGUAACUUUCAUUAUCCUUCUCUAGAGCUUUUUUACUUUGUUGGAGGAUGAUCAUUACCGUUCUGCACUCUUUGCGAGACAUGAUAUGAACGAAACAUUCAAAGCAUAUUUUGAAAAAAAAGAUGUGCUUUUUCAAAA